AUGCCGAUCGGCGACCUCCUCGCCUCUAUUGAGGGGAAGCCUUCUGUGCCUUCGACGAAAGUAUCGGCAAGACCAGGAAACGGGAUUCCAGCCAAGAGGAAGGCUGAGGAUGAUGCCAGAGCUUCCGAACAGAAGCAACCUCGGUUAGGGUCCAACGCAAACGGGUCUGCCAGGUCGACUGGCGAUGCAUCCAAAGCAUCACGCCCGGCCGAGCGAUCCUCAUCGGGCUACACUGGAUCUGCAAGGUCAUCUACCACGGCCACCAGCAACACACCAAGGCCCCUUACUGAGAAGUCGGCGUCGGCUGCCUCCAAAAAACCAGCGUUGACGACAAGCGGCAAACCCUCACCCACCACCCCCACCUUUCCAAUCAUCGGUCGAUCUGCAACAUCAACAAGCUCAUCGCUUUCAAGACCUGCAUCGACAUCCAGAACUGCAAGUUCUGAUGGCGUCGCCGAGUCCACUGCCAAGGCGCCUAAGAAAGGUUCCUAUGCUGAGAUCAAAGCUCGUGCAGCAGCCCAGGCACAGAAGCUGCAGACGAUAGGGAAGAUCCAGCACAGAGCCGUCGAGAAGCAGCCGACCAAGAAGGAACAGGAUGCCGCCGCAGCCGAAGAUGCAAGGCUUGCGAAGAAAGGCGGCAAACCUGGUUCGAGACCAGCCGCCGGCCCGCCAUCCAAGAAUGGGUCACACCCAAAUGGCAAUGGAGUCGCAGACCGUGGAGGAAAGGGUCUAGGUCCAAAGGGUGUGGCUGCAAGGGCUGGUGCCAAAGCCGCAGCAGUCGAGGAACGGAAGCCGAAGAAGUCGGCCCUGGCAACCACCGGUUAUGCAGGAUCUGCACGGCCUGCCCCAAGCAAAGGCAAGCCUGGGGCUGCGAGUUCAGAUGGUGGUCGUGAUCGCGGACGUGACCGAAAUGGACUCAACCCACUGGGGAUGUUCAGUCAACGCCGUCGGAGGGACGAGGAAUACGACGAAGAGCUGGACGACUUCAUCGACGACGAUGAGGAGGAGCCAGAGGAAGAUCCCUACGGCUACGGCAGACGGUAUAGGUAUGCCGAUGAAGAGUCCGAUUCCGACAUGGAGGCCGGCUACUCUGACGUGGAGGAUGAAGAGGCCGCGGCUGCCCGUCAGGCCCGGCUUGAAGAUCAGCGCGAGGAGGCCCUUCUGGAACGACGUCGGCGUGAGAAGGAGGCCCGCAAGCGAGCAGCUGGUGCACUUUAA